GUGUCAGAAAGCGACUUCACAUCAUAGAAUGUCAUUUUGACAGCUAUUGACAGAUUUGAAAUAUGUUUUUUUUUAUUCUGUCGAUGAAACCAACAGUUCCGUAAUUACAAGUUUGAAUGUAAGUACCAUGUUGUUUGUGUUGCCGGUAAUACAUUUUUAAUAUUGUUUUCGUAGUUUUAUGAUCUAUUACAGCAUUGAAUCAACAUUAAAAUUUGAUGUUGUCCUAAAUAUCCCGAGAUAGCAGUGAAGUAAAGCAUCCACAGUGACCUUAAAUGAUGAAUAUUCUAUAAAAAGGCAGGAAAACGACUAAAACUAAGCUAUUGAAGAAGUUUGAUUGCCACAAUGAAGAAGAAAAAAAAAAUGUUGGCAAUUUCGACAGACUUGUCAUUGUCAAACAAAAAAAUCAAAUGUCAAGUUGAACAGAGACAUUUUGUUUGAAACAGAUUUGUCCUUUUUUUCAGUGUUUGGUGUUGAGUGGUUAGUUCGAGGGUGUUGUAAUUUUAAGAUUUCAUAAAUUAUAACAACUAACACUCACAAUAGCAUAUAGCAGACCAAAGUGUCCUAACAAAAUCCUAUUAAUUGGGUUCGUAAACCGCUUACCGGUUUGGAUCAAUUGUUUUAACUUUUUGAUAUUACAUUCGUCAUCGCCAACGAUCAUUCACAUUCCAUCCACUCCACAGCGAAAACAAGAAAAAGAAAAUGUCCAGCGAUACAGGCAAAAACUUCUCAAACUUGGAGACUCCAGGCUAUGUGGGGUUUGCCAACCUGCCAAACCAGGUGCACCGCAAGUCGGUCAAAAAAGGAUUCGAGUUCACUCUGAUGGUGGUGGGGGAGAGUGGACUGGGAAAAUCAACUCUGGUCAACUCUCUAUUUCUUACUGAUCUCUAUCCAGAACGAGUCAUUCCGGAUGCUACAGAAAAAACAAACCAAACUGUGAAGCUCGACGCCUCCACGGUGGAAAUUGAAGAGCGCGGCGUCAAACUUCGCCUGACUGUGGUCGAUACUCCUGGCUAUGGGGAUGCCAUAGACAACACUGACUGCUUCCGAUCUAUAAUCCAGUACAUCGACGAGCAGUUCGAACGGUUCCUCCGCGACGAGAGCGGCCUCAACCGGCGGAACAUCGUCGACAAUCGCAUCCAUUGCUGUUUUUACUUCAUAUCGCCUUUUGGACAUGGAUUGAAGCCACUUGACAUAGAGUUCAUGAAACAACUCCACAACAAAGUGAACAUUGUCCCCGUUAUCGCGAAGGCUGACUGCUUGACCAAGAAGGAGGUGCAGCGGCUCAAGACCAGGGUUAUGGAAGAAAUUGAGAGGGAAGGCAUCAAGAUAUACCCGCUGCCGGAUUGCGACAGCGACGAGGAUGAGGAUUACAAGGAACAGGUGCGUCAGCUGAAAGCGGCCGUGCCGUUCGCGGUGUGCGGCGCGGGCCAGCAGCUGGAGGUGCGCGGGCGGCGCGUGCGCGGCCGCCUGUACCCCUGGGGCGUGGUGGAGGUGGAGAACCCCGACCACUGCGACUUCAUCAAGCUGCGGACCAUGCUCAUCACCCACAUGCAGGACCUGCAGGAGGUGACUCAGGAAGUGCACUACGAGAACUACCGCUCCGAGAGACUCGCGAGACAGGGACAGGUGCCGAAGCGACACACUUCUACCGAGAGUGGUUUGAGCGAGACCGACUCCAACGGGCACACAAAUGGUUCCACUGAAGACGCGGGCGAACGGGAACGGGCGUUACGCGAGAAGGAAGCGGAAUUGCGUCGUAUGCAAGAAAUGUUGGAGCAGAUGCAGCGACAGAUGCAGCUGCAGGCCGCCAGCACUACAACCGCAUAGUGCACCAUCGACGCACAGUGUGGAUCCAGUGCGACGCUGCAACUUGCCGUCGUCAACUCGAUACUGCGCGUCAUCCCCUACUGCGUUACUUCCAAUUGAUCCACUCACCAACCGCACUGUACGAGCAAUGUACGAGUAUGUAUUAUUAUAUAGAUAACUGAUCGUGCCCAGUUUCAAAUAAACAAAUUUCGAAUGUGUGGGUAGUUGUAAAUGCCAAAAAUUGUGGGAAGAUUUGAAUGUUGAAAUACGAUGGUAAUGAUUUUAUUACUUGGGUUAGGUCAAAUGUUGAAAUAAAAAGAAAUUGUGGAAUGAUAUUGUCCAAAAAUUAUUUAACAGACAAAUCUGAUAGGAUAAGGGAACUGGGCGUAUCAGAAAUAUUAGUAUCAGUAUGUUAGUGUAACAUUCGUAAUAAUUAUAUCAUUUAUAUGACACCUACGUAAGGCAUUAUGUACAGGGCGAUGAUGAGGAAACACAUAAAUUAUUAUAAAUAAAUUUUCCGCUUUGAGAAAUAUGCGAUUUAUUAUAAGAAAUCCAAAUCGGCCUAUGAUUUCAGGAAUUUAUCUACGAACUUUUUGUGAACAUAAAUCCAGCUUAAGUAGUGUAACGAUGAGUUGUAUUGAGUGCCUUGUUUCAAAUAUUUUCGUCCUCUUAACUUCUAUAGAUGUACCUUAUCUUUCGCCCGUACGAUAUGAACGAUUUUCACCAGCACGGAUUUAAUUGUAAGGAUUUGGUUAUGAAAAUUGUAUACUUGAAGUGGAUAUGAAUUUGGAUUACCAAAUUCGCCUCAUGAUUAGACUGACUUUCGAAGUUUAGAAUUUAGUAAGAAUAAGCCACACUGAAAAAGAACAAAUAAGUUAGGAACCUCGUAGUCGCCCUUGGCCUAAGGUACCUUCUCCCCUGUAUGUAUACACUGUAUUACUGGACAGUAUUACCAUUUUUAUAAGUAGCAUCGGCAAUAUUCGGCGGCGCAGAAUAGCGCAUCCUACCGCCGAAUAAAACAGACUGAAAACUCAAUAUAAUAACGACCUUAUUUAUUAUUAGUACCUAACUAAUUUAAAAUCCGAAAACAAAAUGUGUCUCGUUCGUCCUGCUAUCAUUUUCAUAAAAUUCAAAUGAUGGCGCUCGGAUAGGCUCAAAUAUCUAAGUAUAUAAUUUGAGCUUUGAUUUUAAGAUUGAGUGAAUUAUAUAAUUUUGUACGAACAAGAAUUUAACUUUUGCCGAUGUACAUUACAUACAUAUAAUCACGUCUAUAUCUCUUGCGGGGUAGACAGAGCCAACAGUCUUGAAAAGACUGAAAGGCCACAUUCAGCAGUUUGUCUUACAUCGGUACAUUAUGUACAAUACAUCGGUGUAAAUUAUAAAAAUGGUAAAAUUAUUAUACACAGAUUAAAUUUGUUUACUAAUUACAAUGCGAUCCGUGCUUUGGUAGAAAUCAGACUAGUAACUACUUGACAUUAUCUCUAUGACGAAAUAUUUCCUAUAUGAAUAGUCUUAAGAUGCAAUAUUAUAUUAGCUGUAGUUUAAUGUUCCUGCAGUCUUAGAUAUAUUUCUGUAGUAAAUGAAUGAUGUAAUAAAUGGAUGCAAGUAAAUGUGAUGGAUCAGAGCUGUUUACCAUUUUUGAUAAAAAUAAACGUGGUAUGAAACGCGCAAUUAAUACGAAGAAUUUUACUUCUUUUGAUUCAGUAAACAUUAAUAUUUAUUGUGAGUCGAAUUCGUCUAGACAUAAAAUAUUCUGACUUUAGUGCCAUUUAUUGAAAUCUGUGCUGUAACUCUUUAAAAUAUUUCUAUUUGAGCCACAGUUGCUCCUUUAACUAUAAUUAUGGCAAAUCUCAUAGAUUUAAGUUUAAAAUAUGGUUUGGUCAGUAUGGUUGUAGAUCCCAUCUGACUGACAUUGCACCUUGUCAUUGACCAGUGACAUCGGUUUAUUUGUCCUUGAUUUUUUUUUCUUAAACGCUCAUCUCAUUCGAAUAUGAAGGUACAUUGAAGUAACGCAGUUGAGUCUCGAAUUGCUUCAUUAUAUAAUACCUUCAAUGUGUAUUAUAUAAUAUGAUGAAGGAAUUCGAGACUUAUGAUGCAUUAACAGCACGAAUAAUUUAAAUAAUAAUAAAGAAUUGCAAAAAUACAGCACAACAAGAUGUAAUAUUACACCAUUGUGUCUUUGUUUUUCAUUUAUUGCCUCAUAAAAUUUUCAUUUACCAAUUUUACCAUUAUAAUCUAUGUAUGUCAUUAUAGUAUUUAUAAUUUUAAGAUAUUAAUCUCUUGAAAUGGUAUUAUUUUAAAUGACUGAUUGCGUUUUCCAUGAAUUAAGAUUUUUUAUUAUUAUUUUUUACAAGUAUUUAAUCGUAUGUGUCGUGUAUCGAUCUUAAUUGGAUAUGGUUAACUUUGGAAGGCUGAUAUUUUUGGGCUGGAGUUAUAAGGAAUUAUAGCGUAGAUUUUAGAUUGGGACAAGUUGACCGAAGCAAUGUAAGUGUAACACUUUCUAUAUUAUGUCGCAAAGCUAAUCUUAAUAUAUAAAGCAAAUGCUUGUCUGAAGAUUUAAAGUUCGACAAGACUAGGUGAGUAUCUCAUAUAUAUAUGUAUGUGAUACUAUAACUGUUUACUGGAGAUUAUUUUUAAUGACACAUAUUGUUAAUAGUAAGUGUUACCCUUUCAUAUCAUACGAUGAGUAACCUUAUACACACGAACUUGCUUUCUCUUUUACCUUUGAGUGUUGUAUCUUAUAUCUUUUUAUUUCAUACUUGCGCGAUCAAAAAAAUCGUGCAAAUGAGACCUAAAGAUCUUUUAUGUCAUGUAUAAGGUACGCUUGUCUCGUUUGACUAGAUCUAUUCAAAUAAUCGAAUAUUCCAUAUUGGUGCAUUUAUUUUAUUGUAGUCAAGAUGUGGAAUCCUAGUGUUUUCUUAUAUUCUAUGCUUUUGCCUGUUGCCCGCAUAAAUUUUACAAUGAAUAGAUUUUCUUAAAACGAAAGUAAAGGGAACAUGUCUCAUUUUAAAAUUUGAUUGUGCAAUUAAGCGUAGAAUUAAAAGAUUGGUGCCAAAGCUACAUUGAUUUUUAGGACAGUUCUUAAAUUAAUGAAUAAUUUCCUGGCAUAUCUACGAGUAGAUGAUAUAAAUGUACUCUCUAGGUCGUAAUAUGUAACCACUAUAUUUUUAUAAUAAAUAAAUAUAACUAU